AUGACUGAACCAAACUUUAUUGACUUAUAUGAUGAUUCUUUAGAUCGAUUUAUUAAUAAGCUUGAUAUGAAUCAGCUUUUUAAUUUCAACAUUGAUAUAAAUGAGCUACUUAUGCCAAUUCCCAAGGACAUUAAAAAAAUACCACGGCCAAUGAAUUCAUUCCUUUGUUGCAGAAGAAAAAUAUAUUUGUUAGCAAUUAAAAGAGGACUUACUGAUGAAAUUGCAGAUGGAAAAUUUUUAACUCAAGUUACCACAAAAAUUUGGAAGCAUGCUAGUCAACUUCAGAAGAAUAUUUUUGUUGAAAUUGCAAAGCAUAUUAAGUUGAUUGAAAAAGAACGAUAUGAGAAUUGUAAUGUCAAGAAGAAAAGAGGAACAUCACGUGUUAAGAAAACACCGAAACUUUCGAAUCAAAAAAGUAUUUCGCAAAUUGAUCAAAAUCUUCAAAAUCUUAGCAAUUCGAUUUCACAUCCUUUAAUCAAUGCAACAAACGAUUUUUCAUUAUACGAUUCAGACCAUGUCACUAUGAAUUUCCCUAUCAAUGCCGGUUUUCUUCAAAAUGAAAAAGACCAUUGGCGGUUUGAGUAUCGUUGA